AGUUCUCUUUUGUAUUUAUAUCUCAACUCUAUCUCUCUCUCUCCUCUUCUACUUCUACUACUACUACUACUACUACUAACAAUUUCCCUGUAAGUGGGAUUCUGGGGGUUUACGGAAGUGGAUUAAUGGCGACGGAAGUGAGUUCCGUGGCGCAAAUGUUGUACAGGGAGGAAGAGGAAGAGAAAGGGAGGGAUCUUAUCACGCGCGACUUUCUCGGGGGGUGUGCUCUCAAUCUCGAGUUAUCAAUCUCCUCGCAAGUGGAAAAUACAAAUGGUUUAAUGGAUCUUAACAUGCCGCCGACAACGACGGCGCCCUUUCUGUCUCCCUCCGCCUCCUGCAUCCCGAGCGUGUGCACGAUCGAGAAGGUCAAAUCCGCGCUCGAGAGGGUCGAGCGCGAAUCUCAAGGCAAGCAUCACGAGAGGUCAUGCGACCGCUCCGCCUCGCCCUCGCCCUCGCCCUCGCCCUCGUCGACGUCGUCGAUCACGUACUCCCCGAUCAAGCGGCUGGGGGCUGCUGCUGCUGCGGCGGAGGCCGAGGCCGCGGAGAGAGUGGACGGCUGCGAUUGGUCCGGCGGCGGCGGCGGCGGCCUGAUCGCCGCCGCGUGCUCGAAUUGUCUCCUUUACGUCCUCAUAUCGAAGGAGAACCCGCGGUGCCCCCGGUGUGACUCGCACGUGCCCGUGCCCGUGCCCACACCCGUGCUAAAGACGACGACGAAGAAGAAGGCCCGGAUUGAUCUGAACACCACGCGAAAUUACUUCUGAAGUGGUGCACCCACCGACAAAGUAUAUAAUACGCAUAUGCAUAUAUACAUAUAUAUCUAUAUAUGUAUAUGUUUUGUUAUGGGAAUGAAAUGAUUUAAUCUUAUCAUUUAUCUAUAUAUAUAUAUAUAUAUAGAUACUCUCCUCUUUUUUUUUUUUGGAUUAAUUAUAUACGAUCGAGUUAAUGUAACUGCUCUAAGUUAAAUUCUUAA